UCUCCUCUUUCCACGUGUCAUCUUACACUUCAUCUGACAUCAGAUCAGAUAGCCCCUCCCCCUCCCCCACCCCCCAACCCCACCCCCACAUCUCAGUUUGUAGUUAGUACUAUAUAUCAGCAUUAAGGCCAGCAUGCCAAUUUCUUACGUAUAAUAUAACAUAGAUUGAGUUGUGGGAAAAUCAAGAAGAGGGUAGAGAUGGAUCACGCAGCGGAUGCACACCGGACAGAUUUGAUGACCAUAACAAGGUUUGUGUUGAAUGAACAAACCAAACAUCCUGAAUCACGUGGUGAUUUCAGUAUCUUGCUCAGUCACAUUGUCCUUGGCUGCAAGUUCGUUUGCAGUGCCGUUAAUAAGGCAGGUCUGGCCAAACUACUAGGACUUGCUGGUGAGACAAAUGUGCAGGGAGAAGAUCAAAAGAAGCUGGAUGUACUCUCAAAUGAAGUGUUUAUCAAGGCUCUGGUUAGCAGUGGCCGAACAUGCAUUCUUGUCUCCGAAGAAGACGAAGAGGCUACAUUUGUGGAGCCAGCUAAGCGUGGAAAAUACUGUGUAGUUUUUGAUCCUCUGGAUGGUUCCUCGAACAUCGAUUGUGGUGUUUCUAUUGGAACGAUCUUUGGGAUUUGCAUGAUUAAAGAGGGUCAUGAACCAAAUCUAGAAGAUGUCUUGCAACCUGGGAUGAACAUGUUAGCCGCCGGUUACUGCAUGUAUGGAAGUUCUUGUACGCUAGUUUUGAGCACUGGAUCUGGAGUUAAUGGUUUUACCCUUGAUCCCUCUCUUGGCGAGUUCAUCCUAACUCAUCCUGACAUCAAGAUUCCUAAGAAAGGGAAGAUCUAUUCAGUAAAUGAAGGAAAUGCCAAGAACUGGGAUGGUCCAACAACCAAAUAUGUGCAGAGCUGCAAGUACCCCACUGAUGGUUCUUCUCCAAAAUCUUUGAGAUAUAUUGGAAGUAUGGUUGCUGAUGUUCAUCGUACAUUACUCUACGGAGGCAUCUUCUUGUACCCUGGAGAUAAGAAAAGUCCCAACGGAAAACUGAGGGUUCUCUACGAAGUAUUUCCCAUGUCAUUUCUGAUGGAACAAGCAGGAGGCCAAGCAUUUACUGGGAAGCAGCGCGCGCUCGACCUAGUUCCAGAGAAGAUACACGAACGUUCUCCUAUAUUUCUUGGUAGUUAUGAUGACGUUGAGGAGAUCAAAAAGCUCUACGCUGCUGAAGAGAAAAACUGAUGGAAGUGUUUAUACCCUGUAAUCACUUCACUACUCUCAGCUUGGUGGUGCAGAUAACAAAUUUCUCAAAUUAGAGCAAGUUAUGAUGACUACAUUGUUUACUGUUUAUGUUGCAGUGUAGCUACUUUGACGCGAUAAUACGUUCACAUUACUUGCUCUUUUUCUCAAACUCCCAAAGUAUCCAUUUCUCAUCAACAAUAAAAGGUUUAAUAGAGAAGUUCUGGCUUAUUAUUGUAAAUCAAAGUUCUUUUGUAACAUCAUCAGUUUAGGUCGAAGCUAAUAUUUCCUGCUAGAUGAUUUAUGGUUUUCGUUUUUCUUCGAUUUUAGUAUUGCAUGUUGUUGUCUUUGCUUUACUUAUCAUAUUAUUUGUUGUUGCUA